UUAUUUCAUUAAAAAUCUAAUCAUCAAUAAAAAUAAAAACGUAGUAGCAAUCAUCUGUAAAUGUGUUUGUUGUGAUAAAAAAAAUCAAAAAUCAAACACACAAAAUCGAUUGAGUAAUAUUUAUUCAAAUCAAUCAAUAAUUUAAAUGCAAUAAAUAAACAAAUUAUUCCAUGUGAUAAACCAAAACAAAACAAAACAAAAAACAUGAAUCCACCAUCAACAAGUUGCUCAUCAUCGAAUCCUACAAUUAUCACCGAUAAUCAUGGCAAUAAUAAUAAUAAUCGUAAUAAAAAUCUUAUUCUUUCCAGAAGGAUUCAUGGUUGUCAGCCAUUGCACUUGAAUAAUACCGAUAAUGAUGAAGAUAAUUGUAAAUUAUUACGAUUAAAAAUUCAUAGUGGUCAUAAUUUAGCUAAAAAAGAUAUAUUCGGUGCUUCUGAUCCAUAUGUUCGUAUUGAUUUAUUAAGAAAAUCUGAUCGUACUGUUAUUGAUUCAUUAUAUACAAAAACUAAAAAGAAAACAUUGAAUCCAUGUUGGAAUGAAGAAUUUAUUAUUCGUUUAAUACCAUCUAGUCAUCAAAUAUUGUUAGAAGUUUUUGAUGAAAAUCGUCUUACACGUGAUGAUUUUCUUGGUAAAGUUGAUCUUUUAUUGAAUAAUAAUAUUCCUACUGAAAUAAAAGAUACAAUUAUUGAACCAAAACAAUAUACAUUACAACAAAGAAGUCAAAAAUCUAAAGUUCGUGGACAUCUUGAAAUAUAUCAUGCUUAUAUUGAUACACCACCAACUUCAACAACAACAUCAUCAUCCAUAUCUACAUUGGAUGAUGAUGAUGGUGAAGAAACAAUCGAUGAUAUUGAUAAUCAAAAUGGUUGGGAAAUGCUUAACGAACCAAGAACUACAAAUGUUGAUCAUCAUAAUCGAUCGACAGGAAGUCAAGAAGAUCUACCAAAUGGAUGGGAAGAACGUCAAGAUACAAAUGGUCGUACUUAUUAUGUAAAUCAUAAUACUCGAACUACACAAUGGGAACGACCAACCAUUAGUCAUAAUAAUAAUGGACCCUUAUCAUCUGAAUGUUCAACAUCUAAUUCACUAAAUACACCAUCAAUAUCAUCAUCAUCAUCAUCCAAUCAUAAUGAUCAUCAAGAAAAUCAACAAACAUCAACAACAAAUACUGCCACAAAACAACAACAAGCAUUUUAUCGUCGUUUUCAUGUUGGUAGUAGUAUGGAUCAAUCAUUACCAUCACAAUCAUCAUUAUCAUCAAAUGAUGAUGGCCAUAAUGUUAAUGAUGAUGAUGAUGAUGAUGAUGAUGAACAUCAUUGUUCAAAUGAUUAUUCUACAAAUCAGAGUUCAUUGAAUUCUGGUAAUUCUAAUCGACCUAAUUCAGCACCAUCAACCACAACAUCAACAGAUGAUCAUCAUCAUCAUCAUCAUCAUAAUCAUCAAACUGAACAAACAUCAUUGACCACCAAUCAUAUCGACAAUUCAACAACAAACAGACGUUCGAAUUCUAUAUCGACUGAAGCAGCAAACAAUACAAAUGAUACCAAUGAUAAUAAUGAUGAUAAUGAUCAAAAUGAAGAUGAACAACAACAACAACUUGGACCAUUACCUCCCGGUUGGACGCAACAAGUUCAUGUUAAUGGUCGUAUUUUUUUCAUCGAUCAUAAUAAUAAAUCAACAACAUGGAUUGAUCCAAGAACGGGUGAACCAAGUCCACCUCCACCACCACCACCCGCAUCAUCAUCUCAAUCGUCGUCAUCAUCAUCAUCAUUAAUGUCCGCUCUUCAUAAUCGUCAACAUCAUCAUCACCAUCAUAAUGAUCAUAACCAAUCGAAUAAUUCAGGAAAACAUCAUCAUCAUCAUCAUCAUGGCAAACAUACAUCAUUCGAUUUUAAACAUUCAAUUAUCGAUGAUCUAGGUCCAUUACCAGCCGGUUGGGAAGAACGUGUACAUCGUGAUGGACGAAUCUUUUUCAUCAAUCACAAUACGAAAACAACUCAAUGGGAAGAUCCACGUAUCGAUAUGCCCAGUAUUUCAGGGCCACCAAUUGCCUAUUCACGUGAUUAUAAGAAAAAAUAUGAACAUUUACAAAAUUCGCUUACCAAACCGAAUGGACCGAAUAAAUUUGAGAUUCGUGUACGACGUAAUUCCAUAUUGGAAGAUUCAUUUCGUAUUAUCAGUAAUGUAUCAAGAGUUGAUUAUCUGAAAGCAAAACUGUGGAUCGAAUUCGAUAAUGAAGAUGUACUUGAUUAUGGUGGUCCUAGUCGUGAAUGGUUUUAUCUGUUAUCUAAAGAAAUGUUCAAUCCAUAUUAUGGCCUUUUUGAAUAUAGUUCAACCGAUAAAUAUACGCUACAGAUAAGACCAUUUUCCGGUCGUUGUAAUGAAUUACAUUUAGCAUAUUUUAAAUUUAUUGGACGUGUUGCCGGUAUGGCAAUCUAUCAUGGUAAAUUAUUGGAUGCCUUUUUUAUACGACCAUUCUAUAAGAUGAUGUUGGAAAAACCAAUCACAUUAAAAGAUAUGGAAAGUGUUGAUACUGAAUAUUAUAAUUCAUUGAAAUAUAUUCUUGAAAAUGAUCCCAGUGAAUUAUAUUUGAAUUUUUCGAUUGAUGAAAAAUUUUUCGAUGUUGUCGAAGAAAAAGAACUAAAACCGAAUGGUGCACAAAUACCGGUGACAAAUGAAAACAAACAAGAAUAUAUUGAUUUAGUGAUUGAUUGGCGUUUUGUUUCACGUGUCAAACCACAAAUGGAUUCAUUUCUUGAAGGUUUUCAUGAAUUAAUACCGAAAAAUUUGAUUAAAAUGUUUGAUGAAAAUGAAUUAGAAUUAUUAAUGUGUGGUAUCGGUAAUGUUGAUGUAAAAGAUUGGAAACAUAAUACCGUUUAUAAAGGUGGUUAUCAUCUUAAUCAUAUUGUUAUACAAUGGUUUUGGAGGGUUGUUUUAUCGUUCAACAAUGAAAUGCGAUCACGUUUAUUACAAUUUGUUACCGGUACAUCACGAGUACCAAUGAAUGGUUUCAAAGAACUAUAUGGCAGUAAUGGUCCUCAAUUGUUUACCAUAGAAAAAUGGGGAAAUUCACAAAAUCUACCUCGUUCUCAUACAUGUUUCAAUCGAUUGGAUUUACCUUGUUACGAAUCAUAUACUGAUCUACGUGAUAAACUUAUCAAAGCUAUUGAAGGUUCUGAAACGUAUGGAGGUGUCGAUUAAUAAAAAUCUGGUCUGGUUUAGCUCACUAAUUUUAUCACUGAUUUUUUUUAAUAUAACUGUGUAACAUUGAUUAUGACUGAUUAUUCAAUGUGCAAUUUC